CGGGUGUGCUCGUUUUUCUGUCAUCAUGUGGGCGCGUGCUGUGGUGUGUGCGGCGCUUCUGUCCGCGCUCUGCCCGGGGGGAAGGACGGAAGCCGAGAGGGACGAGAGAGACGUUCAGGAUUAUAACUACGCCAACUCCAACAGACUGCUCGGUGCCCUGCAUGAAGUCCUGGAGAAGCUGCAGACAAAGAGGAUAAGUCCAUGGGAGAAGAAGUACGGACAGGUCCCCUCUUGCGACCUCGGCGAACACUGCGCCGUCAGGAAAGGAUCACGGAUCGGGAAAAUGUGCGACUGUCCACGAGGAGCUUUCUGCAACUUCUUCCUGCUGAAGUGCUUAUGAGCCAAUCAGCUUUCAGCGGGGUGUAUUUAAACGUGUAUAUUUUACAAAUAUGUGUAUAUAAUAAAUCUAUACUGGUGUGAAUCAGCAGAGCUAAUGAGUGUCUGUUAUAUUAAAGCUGAUUUAUCUCACUUUU